CUAUAGAAUAAAAUACAUAGAUCGAUCGCACAAACACACAUCGCAUACCAAAAAAACAAUACGCCGAUAAACACGCGACAAACAACACAGUCCUCGUAAGAUUUCACCAGUGCGCGUAGUUCUUUGACGGCUUUAUAAUUCUGACGGACAACGAAAGUAACCACUCUCAAGUACACUACUUCGAUGUGAACUGUUGGCUUGGCGGUACAGAUAAGCAUUUAGGAGAAUUGAAUGAAGUUCUUGCUCAUUUUUUUUAAUGCGCAGAAGCCUAUGUAAUAGCCCUCUAUAUUCUAUAUUCGUGCUUAUAAUUUCAUUGAUAUUGUGAAAACUUCUCAUUAAUUUGAAAAGUAUUUCCACUUUCCUUACAUUGCGGGCAGAGAAUUGCAGAAGUGUUUACAAGUAUAAAUACUUUGGAUGGUCGUACCUCAAAGAAUUUAUUUGACUGAAGUUCAAGACAAUUUAUUUGAUUGUGGAAGGCUUUUACCCUUUUGUUGAGAGCAGCUGCAGAAAUUUAAUCGCUAAUAUGUCUAUGGCGCGAGCAGCAAUCAGGAACGGUCCAGGGCGUGGACGGGACUCAGCCAGAAAGGGCAGCAUUGUUUUGAAUGUACCCCCACUGAUAAAGAAGUCCAAAUGUCGCUCAUUUCACUUUCGAUACUUAGAAUUGUGUAGAGCCAAGAAUCUGACUCCAUUGCCUGAUAUACGAUCCAAAUCAAAUCCCACUACCAUAUUGGAUCUCUACGGUGAUAAGCUGGGAGUCAGCGAGUGGUUGCUGAUAAUAGAGGCUUUGCAAUAUGACCAGGUGUUGCAAUCCUUGGCUGUACGCAUGCGUCGCAGUCAUGUGAAUAAUGUAGUCGAACCAAUUGAUACAGAGAAGCGAGCUCGCCUGUAUCGCCAGAAACCUGUUAUUUAUACCCGAUUCAUAUUUGGAGGCCUUGUUGAGGCCAUAUCCAGUUGUGUUGAGUUUAAUAAAAAUCUGACGGUUCUCAAAUUGGAAGGUUUGCCGCUACAAGACAAGUAUAUUGAGUAUAUAGCGAAGGCUUUGGCCUCUAACGAUCGCCUGAAGGAGCUCAGCUUCCACAAGUCCUAUAUUGGCGACAAGGGCUGUGAGUCUGUAUGCAAUACAGUAAAAUAUUUGAAUUGUGUGGAAAAAUUCGACCUAUCCGAUUGCAACAUAUCCAACAAAGGAGCAGAAUUUGUGGCCGACAUGAUUAAGAUGCAAAAGAUCACACGUUUUACGGAAGGCUGGGAGAAAUCGCUUCGCUAUCGCACUGUUGACAUCAAUUCCAUAUCGGGCUUGCGUACUCUUAACAUGGCAAACAAUCCGGAAAUGGGUGACGAAGGUCUUAGGCUUAUUGCCGAAGUACUUAAGGAGGAUGCCUGGGUGAAAACCAUCGAUAUGGAAAAUUGUGGUCUGACGGAUCGUGGGGCUAACAUAGUUCUUGACUGUCUCGAUUUGAAUAACGCUAUUACCGACUUCAAUAUACGUAACAACGAUGGCAUUAGCAAGUUCCUGCAACGCAGCGUUCGCGACCACUUGGGACAGGAGGACGAUGAGAAGCUACAGGAGCCACAAUACGAUUUAAGUGGCAUUAAUGGGUUGCAUAGCCUGCCAAAAAAUAAAAAGUAUACCGUGUCCCAGCUAUUGCUGCACACCAAAACUCUAGAGGAGCAGUUAUCCUUCGAGCGAAUGCUUCGCAAAAAGGCUGAAAAGCUGAACGAGAAGCUCAACCAUCAACUAAUAUCGUUUGAGAAUAAUCUGGUUCCGGACAAAGUUGUCGAUUCUAAGGACAAUCCCUGCGGCUAUGUCAUAGUCCACAACGAAUCGUUGCAGUCCGUUAUGAAAGACACACAAAACUAUCGGCAGACACACUUCAACCGACUAGUCAACAGCACUGUGACCAGUCCAGACGCCACACCACGCAGUGAAAUGGUCACCCUACGCAAAGAGGAGAUGCUGGAAGCGAACGCCGACCAGCUUCCUGCCGAAGGAAGUUGCCAAUCAGAGACUGACACCAUGUCCAUGGCAGUGGCUGCAGCAACUGAUGUGCCACGCAAAGUCCUUAAAGUACGAAAGGUUCGCAGCGAGAUGAAAUAUGUGGAGCCCAAUGGGCAGAAUAAUUCGAAAAAGCAUGAAUCCAAGUCGGAUCACGAGUUCGCCAACGAGAGAGACUUCAAGCUUAAUCCUAAGGUGCACUUUGAGUCGAACAUUGGCGACACUGUUAUGGUGAACAAUUUAGAAAAAAGACGUCAUGGUGGUGGAGCCGGAGACGGGAACAGUGUAUCCGCUAUUCCGUAUGCUUUGGGCCAACAGCAUCGUUACCAAGGGGAGGACAUUGGAGAUGGUAUAGCUAAAACCUUGCUCAAAAAGCACGACAAUUACAUGGCAUCAGCAUCCCCUGAACCAGAUAUGGGAGAUAGUUGCAUGCAUCGUGGGAACAUAUCUUAUGAAAGGGGCUACAUUGGAGAUGGUGUCAACAUUAAUGAAACCCAAAAGCUGCAUAACAGUGAGAACAAGAAUCGAAACAACUAUCAUAACUACAAUGAAACGGAUUACCAAAAUAAGAAUGGACAAAUGUCUCAGAACACAAUCGAGUUGGAACGUAAUGGGACCAAUAAAUUCAGUAAGAAGAGACAUAAAAACAACCUGCUCCCCGACUUCAACAGAGACGAUCAUAAUCCACAAAUACGUGGGGAAAUUAGUUCCAAACGGGGGAAUAAAACCCCCAAUCAAGAAGCCUAUUUACAGACAGUAAAUGAUUUGAAUGUUGACUCCUAUAUGAACAAGAGCCUUGAGGAAUUAGACGACACAUCCUUGGAUUCGACGCUAGUUAAUUCAGACUCGGAGCUGGGAGCUACUUUGCGGGAUCAGUCACAAAAAUACGGACCCAUGAAAGUCUUCAUGCGCCGCAAAAAAUCCGAUUUAACAAGUUGUGAAGUUGACCUGCAAGAGGAAGAUAAUGAGGAUACUCAACAGAUUCUGUCCCCCAGCGCCGUGUACAUGGAACUUCAAAGAAAAAAAACCGACCGAACGUAAUGAAUACAUCCAAGCACUAACAAAUAUUUUCAGGCAGUUGAAGGCUCUGCGGGGCGACAACUUCCUACACAAAGGCGCAAAACUAAAGUUUGUUUACAGAGAGAACACAUCAAAAUUUUUAGUUUAAGGUAUAAUGUCGCACGUGUGCAACUACAAUUAAUUUAGUUUCUAAUCAAUCGCAUGUACAAAUUGAAUACAUCGUUACCGAUACCAUAAAGGUGUGCCAAUAGAGCCUCAGUAAAAGUC